UUACGGAUUUAAGGUUGGAUCAGAACAAAGAAAGCAAGUGCGCGCUAGUAACCAUGGCGAUGAUGAUGGCACUGAAGAAACAUCUCAUCUCAAAUCAAACCCUAAUUUCAUCAACAAGAUUUUUCUCAAAAUAUGCCCCUCAAUACGUUGAGAAAGUUGGAAUACUGGAGUUUUUGAAUGGAGUUGGUAAAGGAGUAGAAACACAUGCUGGUAAACUGGAAACAGAGAUUGGUGAUUUUCACAAAUUACUUGUUACUCGUACUCUCAAUCUUAAAAAACUUGGUAUCCCUGUCAAACAUAGAAAGUUGAUCUUGAAAUACACCCACAAGUACAGGCUUGGACUUUGGAGGCCUCGAGCUGAUAUGUUGAAAGCUUAACUUCUAUGCAACACUUUCCAACCACCAAUCUUACGUGGACUGAAACCAUUAGCUGUUUUUCUCAGCGGUUACUAGAGUGAGAUCUCACAUGAAGGUAGUUACGGCAAAUUGAAGAGCACUUUCUGUAAGUGUGUCAAUAAUAUGAAUUGUUUUUCUCUCAAGGUUUAUUACAUUGGACAAGGUUCUGUUGUUAAAUGCAGAUGAUUAAGGUAAUUAGUGGAGGCGCAGAGAAUUUGGUCCCGAUGUGUUUGUUGACCAAACUUUUGAAUUUCCGAAAAUAUGUAGGAAUCAUGUAUUAAUUCUUACUCACAUUGUUCGUUGUUCGAGAAAUUUUGAGAAACAAGAACAGGUUGGUUUGGUUGACUUGUGA